UGCCAACUCUCGCGAGAUGUGGCGUCUCAUGCCCCCGAAGCAGCUUAUUUAAACUUCUUCUGAGGGGAAUGGGAAACUCUAGCGACAAGUCAAACUGUCAUGUACCCUAAAAACAGAAAUUUAACUUUGUGGACCAACGGGACAUUGCGGGGUGGUGGUGGUAAAGUAGUCCGGCUAGGGGUCAUGACCCCGGACGUCAGCGUCCCGCGCCAAGUUCAGUUUGGCGGUUUGGGAGCUGCCGACAGACCUGGGCGGGAUGUGGUCGCGAGUGAACCGAGCUGCUGAGGAGUUUUACGCUCGACUCCUGCAGGAACUUAAUGAAGAAAAGAAAGGAAUCUAUAAAGACCCUUUUAUCUAUGAGGCUGAUGUCCAAGUGCAGUUGCUCAGCAAAGGCCAGCCAAACCCUUUGAAAAAUGUUCUCGAUGAAAAUGACAUAGUAUUUAUUGUGGAAAAAGUGCCAUUAGAAAAGGAAGAAGCAAGUCAUAUUGAAGAACUACCAUCUGAAGAAACUGCUAUUUCUGAUUUUUCUACUGGUGAGACUGUUGGACCACUUCCUUUACCAGUUGGGAGAGCAAGACAGUUAAUUGGACUUUAUACCAUAGCUCACAAUCCUAAUAUGACCCAUUUGAAGAUUAAUCGGCCAGUUACUGUCCUUCCUCCUCUUUGGGUAAGGUGUGAUGCUUCAGAUCCUGAAGAUACCUGUUGGCUAGGAGCUGAGCUUAUUACAACAAAUAAUAGCGUUACAGGAAUUGUCUUAUAUGUGGUCAGCUGUAAAGCUGACAAAAAUUAUUCUGUAAAUCUUGAAGAAUUAAAAAAUUCACACAAGAAUAGGCAUCAUUCAUCUACUGUAGCAGCCAAGGGCUUUGCUCAGUAUGAGCUCUUUAAGUCCACUGCCUUGGACGAGACUGUUGCCGCAUCACAGACUGUGAUCACUUUGGAUAUUGCCUGGAGUGCUGUGGACGAGAUUCUUCAAAUUCCUCCACUUUCUUCAACUGCAACUCUGAAUAUUAAAGUGGAAUCAGGAGAACCCAGAGGUCCUUUGAAUCAUCUUCACAGAGAACUAAAAUUUCUUCUCGUUUUGGCUGAUGGUUUGAGGACUGGUGUAACUGAAUGGCCUGAGCCUCUGGAAGCAAAAUCUGCUGUUGAACUUGUGCAGGAAUUUCUAAAUGACUUAAAUAAGCUGGAUGGAUUUGGUGAUUCUACAAAAAAAGACACAGAGAUAGUGAAGCAUGACAGUGUUGCAGUUGACCGUUCCAUUGAGUGUCUUUUCACAGUACGGGGUGAUCUCGAUUUUGCUGAGCAGCUGUGGUCCAAAAUGAGCAGUAGUGUGACUUCAUAUCAAGACUUGGUGAAGUGUUUUACGUUAAUCAUACAGAGUCUACAACAUGGUGAUGUACAGCCAUGGCUCCAUAGUGGGAGUAACAGUUUACUAAGUAAGCUCAUUCAUCAGUCUUAUCAUGGAACCAUGGACACUGUGUCUCUCUGUGGGACUAUUCCAGUUCAGAUGCUUUUGGAAAUUGGUUUGGACAAACUAAAGAAAGAUUAUAUUAGUUUUUUCAUAGGUCAGGAACUUGCCUCUUUGAAUCAUUUGGAAUAUUUCAUUUCUCCAUCAGUAGAUAUACAAGAACAGGUUCAUCGUGUUCAAAAACUCCACCAUAUUCUAGAAAUAUUAGUCAGUUGCAUGUUUUUCAUUAAACUUCAACAUGAGCUUCUCUUUUCUUUAACACAAUCCUGCAUAAAAUAUUAUAAACAAAAUCCCCUUGAUGAACAUCAUGUUUUUCAACUGCCAGUCAGACCAACUGCUAUAAAAAACUUAUAUCAAAGUGAGAAGCCACAGAAAUGGAGAGUAGAAAUAAAUAGUGGUCAAAAGAAGGUGAAAACAGUUUGGCAACUGAGUGACAGUCCACCUGUGGAUCAUCUGAAUUUCCACAGACCUGAUUUUUCUGAAUUGACAUUAAAUGGUAGCCUAGAAGAAAGGGUGUCCUUCACUAACAUGGUUACCUGCAGCCAUGUGCAUUUCAAGUGAAGAAUGCCGAUGGGAUCUUCUAUAUAAGGAUAAAUAUUAAAAAGAGAGAGAAAAAGGGGGAAAAAAAGAAUUAUUAGAACCUGAAAACAGAAAUGUAUGUAAACCUUCAACACAGAGAAAGGAAAUGAAGAUGCUGAAAAUUCUGUAUGAAAGAUGAAGCUACUAAAUGGGUAUCCUGGCUCAGCUCUGGCCCUGCAGGAGGAGCAUUGGGAGAACCGCAGCGAUGAGUACACAGAGGGUGCAGACUGUAGGUAGCACGAUCUCCGUCACCAUCUGCAUGUGACUUAGCAGAGGCUCUGAAAUGGGAGAGAGCAGCACUGCAAUGAGAAUGUGACCAUCUUCAUGAAUCUAUUGAUAGCUUCAUCCUGAAAGUUUUAACUGUAUUGGAGAAACUUGGAAAAUGGCAUCAUCACACUUUCUCAUUUUUCUCAUUUGCUAUAAAAGAGAACCUGGUAAAUUAAAUGUUAAAAAAAUUAUGUCAGGGCUUUGUAAAAUAUUUCAAAAAUUGUGACAGAGAAUGCCUAAAUUUGGUUAUUCCAUACGUACUGUAAUAAAGUAUGAAUGCAUAUCAAUAUUGUACUGCCAUAAAUUAAUCUCAGAAUAUUAGCAGCCAUAUUUUACCUUUUCUAUUUUUGGAGGGGGAGGAUUUGUGACAGAAAAAAAUCCUUAAGAAACAUUUCUAGCCAUUCAGAGAUGUUAUUGUAUAUCUUAAGAGGUGUGGGAAUUUCCACAUUGAAUUUUUUAUGGUCAUUCUUACAUAGUUAAAUAAUAAUCUUUAAGUGUUACACAUAUUUCAUGUACAUUAAUAGAAUAGUGGGUAUUUAUUUGGGUUUUGUGCCAGGCAUCCUGGUUAGCAAGAUUAAUAAGGCAUAGCCCACGUUCUCUUGGAGCUUACUAGACUCAACAGUAAAUUCUACAUGUUUCUACAUUUACUUUAAUGGAAUAUACAUUUUUAAUAUUGCUUAGUUAUUUAGAUGGGGUGAGGGCUCAGUGGUAUAUUGACUUAUAAAAGUAACUGAAUUGAUAUGGUUUGGUCUUAAAGAUUAUUUUGUUAAAAUGAAGUGUAUUUCUCCAAUAUCCCUUAUAGAGAAAUAAAAACAAAAUU